CUGCUACUCACUGUCGAUGUCGUCUAUGAGGCUGGCCGUCCCCGGUACGUAGUUCAUCUUGUGCUGCUGUUUGUCUGCGUCGUGGUAUCUCUGCUUGACGUUAAGCCAUGAAUGUUUCAAAGUGUGUUUCUUUCAACAAGCGCACCGGAAGUGUCUUUAUAGGCGCCUGGGAAAUACUUCCGGUCCACGUUUAACCCCGUCCGCGCUGGACUUAUCCCGUCUGGAAAAUAAACGUCUAAAUAGAUGGAACACAAAAGACGAAUAGUUUUGAACACGAGACUAUUAGUUCUUAUAACGGAAAUAUUAUAUAUUAAUUACGUUUUUCCUAUUGGCUAUUAGCGCGUAGUGACGCACAUGCGGCACCAGAGAUCAUUUAUGAACAGGAGACAGUGACCGCCCCAGAAAAACGAGGCCACUUGCUUGUCUUGUCAUAAAUCAUCAAAAUUUGAAUAUUUAUUUUUUUAAACACACUUAACCUUUAUCGAUUAUAGAUUAAAAACUCGUUUCGUUUUUUAUUUUUCUAUCUGAAGUGUUUGAAAAAAAAUGGCAGCGCGAGCUGGCGGCUCUCAAUCUGUACAGAUAUAUCCGGUGUCAUGAAAAUAGCGACAGAGUGAGACCUCUUCUCUCUGGCCCCCGCUGCUCCUUAAAGCGACGGGAUCGAGUUUUCCGAUCCCUCGGCGUCAUUCAAUCAUUUCCUGAUUGCAAUCAAGCGAUCUGCGCUCGUGUGGAGAACAAAUCACCGCCGGUGCGAACAGGUCGCACCCGGAGUCUGCGCAGAGUCUCGUUCCAGGGUUGGUUUGUGGCAUGGCAGGUGACACGACGGAGCACGCUUAGCUGAUGCCUCAUCCUCAGACGCAGUCGGAUCUGAAGUCUGGCUGGCCCUCGACUACUAACUCGGGAAACCACAACUGGACCAACACAAUGGAUGCUCCUCAGUACCCAGGCUACCCAUCACACUACUGGUAUCCUCAGUCUCACACCACAGGACACUAUGCAAACGCCUAUCCAUCGGGAUCAGAGGUUCAGCCGCAGUACAACCAACAGGUGAUGCCUGCAGGUUAUCCAAACGGCCAUGGCGUCUACAGCCCAGCGACGGGUCAGUAUUCAACAAGUGGUUUCCACCCAUCCAACCCUUUCUACUGUGCUGACCCUCAGAGACCAGCUCCAAGUCCUUAUCCCAGCCAGGGCUGUCCAGCCGAGCAGGGCAGUGGGCCGUCUGGGCAGCCACACCCUCAACACCAACCUCAUCACUAUCCUGGUCCACACUGUCAAGGGACACCUGGAUAUCCUCCUGGACCGUACCCUCACUAUACUGAAGGUGGACAUGCAAUGCCUCCAAACCCCCCAUAUCCCACCGGCCAGUCUCUCCAUCCCAGUUCUCAGGCUGAAGCAUGGGGACACUCUGGUGCGUAUGGACACUCGCAGCCGCAAUGGCAGCCAGGCCAGCAGCCUCCACAAAACCCCUACGGAAGUCAUGUCCGUCCUUCACAUCCUCCAGCAUGGCCGGGGACUGGAACAGGCGCUCCGCCACCAUACCAACCCAAGGACCAACUGCACCAGCGGGCUCCACAAGUGGGACCUAAACCCAGGCCAACCCCAUCCCUGAAUCCCCCCAACGGAAAGCCUGCAGAAAUAAGUUCACCUCCUCAAAUGUACAACAAAACAGGGAGAGGUGAACCUAAUCCUUCACAAUGUGACCCCCCACCCUCUGCCCCGGCACAAGCUCCAGGCCCAGCUGGACUUCAGCCCCUGAGUGACAACCCUGGCCUUGCUAAGGUCCACCAGAUCAUGUCCAGGGUGCUGCUGCUUCAGGAAGACGUUGAUGAGUUUGUCGGUAAAAAGACAGACAAGAGUUACCGGUAUCUGGAGGAGCUGCUGACCAAAGAGCUGCUGGACCUUGACUCUGUGGAGACUCAGGGACAGGAGAAUGUCCGGCAGUACCGAAGGGAGGCUGUACAGAGGAUCCAGGCCACUUUGGACCAGCUAGAGAAGAAAGCCUUCUGAAGAGGAUUUAUUUAUUGGGUUUAUGGGUCACUAAGUUUUGCUGUUUCCUUCUUCCAGAUCUUAUGAGCUGUCAUCUGUAGGCUUCCCCCCCCCACCACCAUGACAUGAAAUGCCUGGAGUAAACGGCAGGGACCCAAGAACAAAUACUGGUACAAGGAAUCAAACUUUUCCAGCCUAAUUAUGCUGGUAUGAGUGACAUGCAGGUAGUAGAAGUGCACACUGAUGGUUGUACAUAUCUGGAAACUUUCAGCCUCAGUGAGUGGCUGUGGUGACCACACAACCUGACACUUCUGCUCUGCUCAUCUUUUAACGUCAUGCCUUUGCCAGCAUAAUGCAGGACAGGGCCACUGGAGGAUGGAUCUUUUCAGUGCCACAUAGAAACUGUAAGUUUUCUCCAACCUCCGAUUCAGAUUAUCUUCAUGCUGUCCCUCAGGAUUGUGGAACAGUCUUAUUAUGAUCCUGAACACCUGGACUUCCUCAGAUGUGUCCAUCAUUACAGACCAUUUGCAUGAUAGUUGCUCCUUCACUUGUCUGCAGGAAUAGGUGCAACGCUUCCCAUCAGCUCCCAGCCCUGCAUGCACUGUAAUGUCAGAUAAGCACUUGAUACAGUCCUGACAUCUCCGAGCGCAUAAUUGGACGUAGAGUGUGGCAGAUUAUUGAAAAGCCCCUGAAGAGUACUGUCCCAAUUUUAUCCAUGUUUUGGAUGAAACUGCUUCCUAAAUGCAGAUCUAGAAUCAGACCUAUAUAUGAACAUCAUGUAUUUCACUAUAGGAACUAUUGUUAUAGCAGAUCCAUAUGGAAAUGAUUAAGAAUGACUUGAAACGCUGUUGAAUUGUGUUAUUCCCCCUUUUGAACAUUUCAAAUAUACAUAGGACUUAGAAAUUGAUUUUUGUUUUUCCAGAAGUGUUCAAUCUGUUUCUGUAAAGGAAAAUAUGUACUUUGAAAUAUUUACUUAUGCUUUGUGUACAAGGACAAUUUCAGUCACAGCAAUCUGAUCAGCUAUUUACAUUCAGUUAGCACUGAAGUCCUUGUUAUAACAAAUCUAAUUUUGCACCGCAAUCCAUUGUCUUGUGUAGCACUUAUUUUUUUUCUUCAGUCAUACCUUCCUUGUGGAUUAAGAAAAAAAAAGUGCCAUAUUUCAGGGAAUGGUUUUAUAUCAUUAGAAAAAAAUAAAAAUAGAUGAUAAGAUUUGCAUGAAAGAAA